GAGCGAUUGCAUUCGAAAUUUGCUUUUUGACUGCUAUUUAAAAGCGGUUUGAGGCUUAUUUUUUUAAAAUUAAACUCACCCCUUGACCAUUGCAUUCCAACCGUCUCUUGUGAUUUUUAGCAUACUCUCGCCACCUCCCAUGGCCUCUGGCACCUACCUUGAUAUUUUCUCACCUCCUUCAUCGUGAGCUCUUCUUAGGGCAGUCCUAUCACCGCUAAGUUCUUCUUCUUGAAGACGACGAUUUUUUGACUCCUCCAGUCAUCUUCGGUGUUACGUGAUGGUUAUAUGUCUAUUUCAUGUUUAGGAUCUCUUUAAAUCAUCCAAUAUGUACUUUUAGAUUUCUUAGAUUUUUCUUUAUUUUUUUUAGUAUUUAUACAUAUCUAAAUUAGACCCCUAUUUGACUUUACGUUUUUACCCCUAUUUUGCCGCAAUAGCCCGAAAUAGCCUUAGCAAUGCCUUACCGCUACGCGAUGCUAUCCGCUAUUGAUAACCUUGAUUGUAUUUCAUUUGCUUGGUCUAGCACCAUCUUCUUUACUUGUUACUAGCAAGGCUCAGAAAAAAAGCUUCCUUAAUGGCGUGCUUUCGAUGCUGUGGAGCAGAAGCCAUUCAACAAGCUACUGAUAGAGGAAGGCCCUUUACUAGACACCAUUCAAUAGGCAAUUAUGGCGGUUAUCGUGCCUCAGAUUCUGCUCCCAAUGGAAUUCAAUCUGUCAAAGUGCAUCCAAUUGCAGUUCCUGCCAUUCCUGUUGAAGAGUUGAGUGAAAUAACAGAUAAGUUCGGUACCAAUUCUCUGAUUGGAGAGGGAUUAUAUGGUUCAGUGUAUUAUGGGGUUCUAAAAACUGGAAAAUCAACAGCUAUUAAAAAAUUAGAACCUAAUAAGCAACCGGACAAAGAAUUUUGGGCACAGGUCUGGAAACUCGUUUCCUGAGAGAUUGGAUCACUACUGACUUGAUGUAAUUGAUUCCUGAUAUUAGUUGUUACAGUUUUCCAUUGUGUCCAGGCUGAAACAUGAAAAUGUUGUUGAGCUACUUGGUUACUGUAUUGAUGGGGGUCUCCAUGUCCUUCAUAUGAGUUCACAACUAAGGGAUCUCUUUGUGACACUUUACAUGGUAAGGCAGUAUCAAACUUAUAUCAGUUCUCAUUAUGAUAUAAUAAUAGGUGGUAUUUUGUUCGAGUCAAAAAUGUCCUAUGUUAGACUCUGAAAUUACCUCAAGAUGUUGAUGUUUUAUAUUCAGUUAUUCACUUAAAAACUUAUUAAAAGAAUGUAAAUAAAGCAUCUCUAUGUCUAAAGUUACAUGCUUAGUUAAUUAUCCAAUUACAUAUGUUGGUUAGUGUGUCAGAUUUAAGGUGCUUUGAUUAUGUAUCCUUCUCAAUGUCUAGGGGAGGUUUGUACUUUAUCUUUCUAUGAAAAUGUUCGCUGUUAACCUCAUUAAAGAAACCCUAUAAUUCACAAAGUUAAACGUACUUUAUGCCUAUCGCCGGGAUGAGCAGCCAUACCUUGUUGGAUAGCUGUAUGGCGUGCAGACAGAUGGUCUCUUUUUGGACAAAAUACAUGGUCAAGGCACUCAAGGGUAAAUCCAGAAAGCAUUUUACAGGCUUAUAAAUUGAAAGAGUUAUAUACAUUUUGAAUGAGAAACAUGUUCUUGCUGUGAUAAUUUCAUUUAUAGUAUAAAUCUUGUAACUGUCUAUGUUGGGCGCAGAGUCACGCCCUCACGCCGCGGAAGCGAUAUAAUCCGAGAGAAAACCCUGGCUUUUGUUUUCACAAAAUCUCAAGCCAACCUUUAUGUUCCUGUUUCGCGAAGGAAACAAGAACAAAAGUGAAAUAUCUCAACAAAGUGAGAUAUACACCCUUCCUCUCAUCAGUUCUAAGACUGAAUUGUCAAGGGAACCUAUAAGCAAUAGCUAACACCCAGAAAAUAGUAAAGACACGAGAUUU